AACGGCAUUUUCAUCGAACGAUUUUAUUAUAAACGCUGUUAACCGAUACAAGACGAAAAUGACCGAACAGUGUACAGAUUUGAUGCAUAAUAGUGAAAAAUUAACAUUUUCUAGUGAAAAUUUAGAUAUUGCAAAUGAAAUUGAUUGUGUUGAUGAAAAAGAAAGUUUAUUAAAUUUUCCAUUUGAUCAUAUGUAUGCAUGUAAUAGUGAUAAUAGUGAAUUAACGAAUAAUUGUACGACCACCGGUGAAAGUGAGGUUAAGCAUUUAAAAGAACUUUUAUUAGUGCAUUUAGAUUUAAUACAACAGCAAAGUGAACAAUUAAUUAAUAAAGAUAAACAAAUUAGAUCGUUAAAACGUGAAAAUGAAAUGCUUAAACAGCGUUUAGAUCGUAUGGAAAGGAGGGUUAUAAAUCAUAUAACAAAUAAUAGUAACAUACAUUCCAAUAACAAAGUUGAAGUAUUCAAGAACGAAAAUCACCAUCACCAGGGUACGAAAGAAAUCGUAUCACAACAUAAAGAAAAGAAUACAUUGUAUACAGAUAAUAUUUAUACCGAAAAUAUUUGUGAAGAUACAAAAAGUGAUAUUAAAUUAUUAGAUAUACAUUUACCGCACAAUAAUCUUGUACAUAACGAUAGUGGUGAAUCACAGGAUAAUAAUAAAGUUGUUGAGGACGACGAAGAUUUAGACGAGGAAUUAGAAGAAGAUAUUGUUAGUCAACAUUCAGAACAUUCAGAGGAAGAGCCAGAACCAGUUGAUCACGAAAAUAUGGUUACCGAAAUGCGUGUCAAACGUAAUAAUUCAUCGGAUGGCGGAGGAAUGAUUGAGAAACCUGUUAAAUGUUAUAAAUCUAGGAGUUUAAUUAAUAGAAAUCGUAGUCCACCAUGCUCAGGAAACGCUUUAUCAAAAUUACGAGAAGAACUUUCUAAACCUGUCUUAUCGAAACGUUCAUCAAAAACAGGCGAACAACAGCAACAAUCAGAGCAACAACAACAGCAAUCUCAAACAUCACAACCACAAAUUAAUAAUGAAAAUAGUAACGUAGAAGCAUCAUCGUCAAUGAAACCUGGUGAUAAUCGACGUAGUAGGCAUAGGAAAAAUAGAAUAAAUGCUAAACGAAAACGGCUGUGUAGUGGAAAUUCAAUGUUAUCAAAUAACUCAUCAAAUGAUUGUAAAAAAUCCAAAGUUUCCUUCGUUAAACGUGAUACUAUUUUAACCACUGAACAAAUGUACUGUACACAAAUGGGGUCAUCAAGCUUUAGUCCUUCCGAGGAUAAGGAUAGUCCGUUAGAUAGUGCGUCAACAACAACAAAUUUAGAAGUUCCAAGUUGGAGGAUAAAAGUAUUUACUAGUUGUUAUUCAAUGGAAGGUACAGAAAAUUUAGAUGAUGAUGUAUUUAAUAAAAGACAUUUGCGGUUAGAAAAUGACGAAAGAAGGCGGAAACGAUGGGAUGUUCAACGAAUACGAGAACAACGACAUAUUGAAAAACUGAAACAGCGGCAAGAAAGGGUUGGAUCUGGAGGGCGUACCGAUGAUCACAUAUCAGAACCACCGAAUUCAUUGUGGCCUAGCCUUGAUGAUAUUAAAUACAUAGAAAUUACAGAGCACCUACCUGUUACAGCUUUUGGCGUUCCAAUUGCUCAGUUUACUCCUAGUGAAUUUAGUUUACCAUGGCUUAAUGAAAGUAGUAAUAGUAAUAAUAAUACUUCAACAAAUAUUCCGUCAACCAAAAAAUCCAAAAAGAAAUCAUCCAGAAGGAGAUCGAAUAAAAGAUAAGUUUUAUAACAA